GCGCCCCCGUGUCUGCAGCAGUAACGCAUGCUGCUCAAAUCACGCAGCGCGGUGCCCCUGAAACCAGCGCAUGCGCACAGCAGAGGGAAGGACAGUCCUUUUUCCUGUUGGAGUCACACGCUACAGACGACGGACCAUGCAGCUGUUUGUGCGCACACAGAGCACCCACACCUUGGAGGUGACCGGGCAGGAGACUGUCCGGGACAUCAAGGCCCAUAUUGAGUCUCUGGAAGGGUUUGCUGCUGAUGACCAGGUCAUCCUGCUGUCUGGCACCCCUCUGGAUGAUGAGGCUGUCCUGGGAAACUGCGGCGUCACUGAGCAGUGCACUCUGGAAGUGACCGCCAGGCUGCUGGGAGGCAAGGUCCACGGUUCCUUGGCUCGUGCUGGCAAAGUCAGAGGACAGACGCCAAAGGUGGACAAGCAGGAGAAGAAGAAGAAGAAGACGGGGCGCGCCAAGCGUCGAAUCCAGUACAACCGUCGCUUCGUGAACGUGGUGCCCACCUUCGGCAAGAAGAAGGGACCCAACUCCAACUCCUAAACACGCCCGGGCUGACGGAACAGCUCUGCUCUGGGGAGAUGCACAACAGACCCAGCCCAUUCCAAUGGGUCCUUCCUUCCUUUCUGUUCUAGUCUAUCUGAGCCUCUCUCUCUCUGCAGUAAUUUACAUCCUGCUCAAUUCAAAUUCAACAGGAGCAUAGAGCACUAAAUUAAGAGACGCUUUUACAUUUUCUCCAGUAAAUUCAAUAUCUGAUUUUUCUGUUGCUGUUUUGUAUUAAAUUAACAAAAAGAGCCACUGUUCUAGGCUUCCCAGACUGGCCUUCAAUUGUACUUUGAGAAGAAUUUAAUAAGACGCAGUUUAUCAUCUGGAAGUUUGUUUCUGUAUUUCUCUUCAAUGCAAGGUGUUCUGAAACUAUAAAUAAAUUGCAAAGACGAAA